AUGGCUCUUACGUCCUUGCUAGAAGCUGUAAGGAAGCUUGACACAGUCACCCAGCGUAAGAUAGCUGUCAUCGUUGGUGCUGCAGUUGGUGAUGCUGCUUCGAGGCCACUCCACUGGGUAUAUGAUAAUACCGCUCUCCAAUCUUACAUCAAGAACACUUGGGACUCUCCUGAGUUUUUUCCAAAGAGCAUGUCACCAUUUUACACUCUUCCCACUGGGGAAACAAGCUGCUACUGGGAUACAGCUGAAUCAAGUUUGGAUGCUCUUACUAAUUUUAAAAGCUCUGCCUAUAAUUACAAAAUGAUCUGUGAUGCUCUGGUUAAGAACUUUGGGCCUGGUAAUCCUAACUACGAUAUGGAGGCCAGGCAAGACUACAUGGCAAAGCGAAGACGAGGGGCAAUAGAUGGACCAGUCAUAGGCAAAUGGUUCCAUGGGUCAAUUGUGGAAUUCUUAGACAACUAUAAAAAUGGAAUGGGCUCGAAGCCAUUUGGUGGUUCAAAGAUAAAAGAAACUGAUGGCUUCUGUGCAAACAUACCUUUUGUUUGUAAAUAUUAUGGCACUGAGGCUUUUGACGAGAUUACCUUGGAUGUGAUUAAAACUUAUUCAACCUGGCCCACAGCUGUUACACAUGGAGUAGUAGCUUCAAAAAUAGUGGGUCAUCUUAUUGAAUCUGGAUCUGAAUACAACAUCCUUGACAUAAAAUCUGAGAUAGAAUCAGAACACCCGGAGGUCUACCGCAGUAUCAGUGAUAUUGAAGAGGUCAUCAAAAAUGGAAUGGACCACACCCGCGCUGUGAACUACGUAUUUGGGAGCCCAUGUUACAACCCAGGUUCAUUCCAAGGUGCGAUCCACACUGUUCUUACUUCUAAAUCUUACCCAGAGAGUAUCAGAAAAACGAUCCGAGCAGGAGGAUGUAACUGCUCUAGGAGUGUGUUUGCUGGUGCAAUGUCUGGUGCUAUGUAUGGUAUUGAUGGCAUUCCAGUCGAUUGGAUGGAGAAAACUACUGGCAUUGAAAGAAUUUUGACCAAAGCCCUCAAAGUGUUCUCUUAAGUCGGUAUUUUCACAGUGACCCUUAUCAGUGAAAGAUUUGUUGCAUCAAAGCACAUAACGGUGGUGUCUGCAGUUGCUGCUUGUAGGUAUAAUUUUGUGUACAUUUUACCAUCUGAAGAGUAACAGAAUGUAGUUACUUUAUUAUAGUCAGUGACCCUUUUAAGUUAUUUAUCAAUUUUGAAAUUGAAAUGUGUACCUAAUUCUUGAUGGAUGUUAUCAAAUAUUAUUGCUUUUUUAAAUAAAUUAUCCUGCAUGCGAUGCGAGAGGGUGAUGUUUAUUAUUUUAGGGAUGAAAUAUUUUGGGAAAACAUGUUUUUUGAACGGUUCAAUAAUAUUGUUUAUUUUGAUAUUUUGAAUAUUGUUGAGAAAUUCAAUUUACAAUUAUUAUUAUUAUCUUAAUUAUGAAAACCGUUUUUAGGGAAGAACGAUUCUUUUAUAUUGUUUGAAGCUAAUAUUCAGUAUAUUGUCUUAUUUUAAGAUUUGAGCCUGCCGAAGUAACGCUAGUUAUUCUUACUUGGGGUUAUUAUAUUGUUGUAAUAUGAGAAGUCAAGAUAAACUGUGAAUGUAAUUUGACGAGCCGUGAGCUAAAAUAAGUUGGAAGUGGGAGAUAGGGCAACACCAGAUAACUUUGUGUUCAUCAUUUAUUCUAAAACUUAGAAGUAUUUGA